UCGAGGUACAGGCGCCCCAGACCCGCACCCUCACCACCCAUACCUGGUCGCCGCACCUUGUAGUACCAUCCAUACCCCAUAUAUAUUAUUCCAGCAUUCUUCUCGACAUUCGUUGUCCCCGCGCAUCGCUGCCACGUAGAGCACUCGCUGCAGCAAGUAAACAGCCGGCACGAUGCCAGGCACACCGGCAUCAGAGGUGCCUUCGGUGUCUCUUUCGUUCGCCAACAACUUCUGGGGUAAAGACGAUGCUGGCGUCGGGCCCAUGCUUGACCGCAUGCACUUUGCCAAAGUCACCAACGAUGAAUUAAAGGCCUUUUACGCUGCGCGCGCUGCGAUCGAAGAAGAUUACUCCAAGAAGCUGCUGCAGCUUUCUCGAAAGCCCCUCGGGUCCUCGGAAACUGGCACACUACGAAUGUCCUGCGAUGUCAUACGAGCCGAAGUCGAAUCCAUGGCCAAGGCUCACCAGAGCGUCGCCCAGCAGAUGCACACUGAGCUGGAGGAGCCGUUACAAGCAUUCGCUGGCGGUAUGAAGGAGCGCAGAAAGAUUGUCCAGAAUGGCAUCGAGAAGCUCCUGAAGCUCAAGAUGCAGCAGACGGCCACAGUCAAUAAGGCACGCGAUCGAUACGAACAGGACUGUCUCAAGAUCAAGGGCUUCCUCGCACAGGCGCACAUGGUCAUGGGCCACGAAGAACGCAAGAACAAGGCCAGGCUGGAGAAGACACAAAUCAACCUGUCUACAACAAGCGCCGAGUACGAGGCUGCAGUGAAGGUUCUGGAGGAAACCACUGGCCGCUGGAAUAGAGAUUGGAAGGCUGCCUGCGACAAAUUCCAGGAUCUCGAAGAAGAGCGUAUCGACUACACCAAGAGCAGCCUUUGGAACUUUGCCAACAUUGCCUCGACAGUGUGCGUCAGCGACGACGGCUCAUGCGAGAAGAUGCGCUUGUCGCUCGAAGACUGUGAUGUGGAGAAGGACAUCACGAACUUCAUCACCGAGAGUGGUACAGGCCAGGAGAUACCCGAUCCGCCAAAGUUUAUCAACUUCUGCCGUGGAGAUGCUGAAACAUCGUCACAAGUGUCAGAUGAUGAGAACUACUCGGUGGCACAGUUUGCAAGGACUAUGAAUCCGUCAUAUCGUGCUUCGUCCCCACCCAUCUCGGUCUUCGAGUCGCACCACGAUCCCAACAAUCCUUUGGCGAAGGAAAUGGGUUUGCAGCAGGACACUCAGCCAAUUGCCAUUCCACAAGAUCAGAUCAACGUCCCGACACCGCGACAGCCCGCCGAGCCGCAGCAGACACCUCGACCCUCUACAGCAUCUCGAACAGUGCAGCCUGACCCACGUUUGGUGCAAGCACAGCAGCAAGCACGCCAACAGUACCAGCAAAGCCCAGCGCCGUAUAACGACUUCCCGGCCGACGGCAUGACCCAGUUCUGUCGACCUGCAGCACAGUCUGAUCGAAGCACAAUUCCAAGCCCUAUCCGCCCUCCAAGCCGGGACUCGCACAGCGACCACUCAGACCUCAAUUCCUUCUCUAGUGUUGAGCCUCCAAGCGGGUCUGCUUCCCCUGGCAAGCCGAUGCCAGUGUCGUCAUUCCCUGAGUCAAGUCCUAUUGAGGAGAGCUCUUUCCAAAAGAAACGGGGCUUCUUCAACAGUCCAUUUGGUCGUAGGAAGAGCAAGCCCGAGAUCGAGACACCAGCUUCUGUGACACCGACAAGCCGCAACACAUGGGCUCCUGCAUCGCGACAGAACAUCAACGAGAACGUCAGUCCGACUCGCCCGCUUGGUAGGGCUAGUCGUCAGCCUAUGGUGCAGGAAGCUACACGAUCUGCCAGUCCUGAACCUGUCGACCCACGUGCCAACUUCCAGUUGAACGUUGGGAACAACGUGUUCGAUGUAGCGUCCCCUGACAAGAAGAAGCAGCAGCAGCAGCAGCAGCAGAAGCAGGAGCCAGCUGCAGAGCUCGACCCCAUUGCUGCAGCUCUCGAAGAACUCAGAGGUGUCACCAAGCAAGGUACUUUGCGCGUGUCUGCUGAUAAAUUCCAUGGCCUGGCCACGCCCCAGCCUCCGGCCACACCCUCUGUUGGCUCAAAGCUACCAGGAGGUACACCUACACCUUUGACAAACGCCAACCUGAAUGCUGCGAAACGAGGCACACCGCCACCUUCCUACGAGCAGCCACCGAUGUCCCGCCUCGGCGCUCCGAAGCCAGCGCAUACUGCGCGCCAAAUGCAGAAGACGACCGAGAUGUAUGUCAACCAAAAGGCGAAUGUGUUCAGUGGCAAUGCUGGAUCCCGACCCUCAACGCGUGGCAAUGCUCAACAGGAACAACCACGAGCGACAUCUCCUGCACCAAAUCGCGCUACUAGCCCCGGGCCUAGUCUUUACACAGCACAACAACGAUCCUCGCAAGGACAAGCACCUGCGUCACCUUCCACGUAUCGACCGGCGCAGCGCCAACAGCAACAGUCACCUGCUCCUGCGGCCAACUAUAAUCGCUCAGCCUCGCCGAACCCCUACGCAGCUUCUACUGCUGGUGGUCGGCCACGCGCGCAAACUGCUACUGCCCCAGCUCAAGCCUACGGUACCCCGGUUGGACGCAACUCGUAUUCAUCCACUCGAGGUGCUUCCCCUGCUAUGAGCUCCAUCCCUCGAGCAGCUUCACCUCAGCCGCCGCCGCAGCCAGCUUACGCGCAGUCACGACCGGGGUCUCGCGCCGCUCCUAGCUCGCGAGCUGUCAGCCCCCAACCAGCCUUCCGCCAGCCGAAUGAUAGACCUCCCAGCUCGCAUAGUGCGGCGGCGAUGUCUAUGGCAGGCAGCGAACGAGGUGACGGGUCCGUGUACGGUGGCAGCGUUCGCGGUCGACCACAGAGUUCGUACUAUGGUGGAGGCGGAGGUGGAAGUGGCAGCUCGGUAAGGGCUGAAUCGAGAGUACGCAGCAAGAGUUUGGCGGAGCCCAAGAACUACAAUAGAGACGGACGGAUUAUUUUGAACUACUCUCGUGCAAUGUACUCAUACACAGCACAGAUCCCAGAGGAACUUGCUUUCCAGAAGGGCGACAUCCUUGCCGUGCUUCGCCUUCAAGACGACGGAUGGUGGGAAGCAGAGGUUGUGGGUAAGAACGGCAGGCCUGGUCUUGUCCCAUCCAACUACCUACAGCCUUGUUGAUCCCCCUGGUGGGUGACACAUGGACCACUUCAGCAUUGUGAUUACUUUGACUUGAGCGACUUUUGCAUAUUCCCCUCUUUUACGAUCGUUCAACACACUGUUGGUUUUGGUUGGUCCCUCCGACUCAAACUGCAAUUAGCGGGCGUCAUUCGUUUUGGUAUACCAGUGUAUUGAAGGGUUGUGUUUUGGGCAAAAUAGCAAGAUUGUACAUGAC